AUGAUCUCCAAUAGCGUUAUGAAAGUACUAGUCAACGGAUUUCUAUCCUCCCCUUUCGAUGCGAAUGUUGGAGUUCCGCAAGGCGAUCCUUCAAGCCCGGCAUGGUUUAAUCUUUAUAUUAACUCCUCAACUAACAUACAAGAAAAGCUUAAAGGAGUUCAAAUAUUUAAUAUUACCAUCCUUUUAUUAUUAUAUGCCGAUGAUAUUUUAUUGAUAGCUAAUACUAAGAUCGAAAUGAAUUCCUCUCUAAAAAGCCUCGGCCGUGAAUUAAAGAAAAUAGGACUCGCUUUAGCUCCCAAGAAAUGCAAACUCUUAGCUAUUACAGCCAAAGCCAAACUAUCUAAGGCCCUAGUCACUAUUGGACAGGAUAUAAUUGCCACAUCUUCUUCUAUUGAAUAUCUUGGGGGUAUAUGUACCUUUAAGAAUGAUUUUUCUUGGUCCUCUGAUAAUCCAAUCAACAAAAUCUCGAAUCAACUGGCAUCAGCUAAAACUUCUAAUCUAUAUCUCAACAGCAUCACCACUACAUUAAUGUCCAAAAUCAUAUCUUUGCCUAGAUAUGCCUGUAGUUUCAAUGGAAUCAAUAAGAAUUCUCUAGACAAAGCAGAUAUUAUGGUUGCUAAUUUUGUCAGAAAGGCUAUUGGAUUAGAUUACACAUUAUCAAAAUCAGUCAUUUUUAAUUGCAAACAAAUUGGGGGCCUUGGUAUUACUCGCCCCUCUACUUUAUUCUCCAUUGAACCUAUUUGCACAGCAGUUAGAUUAUUCAACUCCUCCUCCACCAUCACCAAAAAUAUUGCUUUGGCUGCUUGGAAUGAUCUUACCUUUAACGAACCAUUUUGGAACCACGUGAAAAAUAUCGCGGCUCAAAAUAAUUGGUCUCUCCAAUACAUUGAUGAACGGCAUUCAUUUGUCAAUGAAUACGAAACCCCUGUCGACCCUAGAACUGAAUUACUAAACAACGAUAGAUCAACCAUGAGCAUCUCAGGCCUUGGAAUCUUAGACCAUAAUAGAACCUGGCAUCCAUGUACCAUCUCCUUUUGGAGCAAUUAUUCACUCAAACCCUUCCAACAACGACUAUUAUUUACUCACCUACACAAAGCAGAAAUCCUUAGAAAUUUCGGAAAAGAUUACCCUAAUUGCCACAUUUGCAAUACCAAAGCCAACUGGGAACAUGUAUUCACCUCAUGCACCAUGUGUGGUCUGGAAAUCAAAUCAUUAUACACAAAAUGGGACAACAGUUCCCUCAAAUUCAACGCCCCUCUUAUCAGACUUCCCUCAAACCAUUCUCUCUCUUGUAUUCCAAUGGAUUGGAAUGGUAGUAUCAAAGACAAACCUCUUCAACAAUUAGACUUAUCUCCCCCAGCUUUGACUACAACAUAG